AUGUAUCGCCGAAAUUCACCUAACGGUUUCUGUUCAUCUAAUCCUUCUACUAAUAGUCAUUCAACAUUUUAUCACGGAGCUAUGUGGGGUGACAACGAAUUUCGUGCUAACUCAGCAAUGUACGAGAAUUUAAAUUCUCCAGGGGUGAACAACAGCAAUAGUCAGUAUUCACCAUCGGCAGGAAUGAUGUGUCAGCCACCCAACAACAUCAACAACAACUACCACAACAACCACAAUAGUAGCAACCACCCCCAUCAACUGAUAUAUCCACAUUACAAUUCUUUAAAAAUAAACAAAAAUGAAAAGUAUUUAAUUAAUCAGGCACUCGGUGAAUCAAAAACACUCGGACGGUACAGCAAUACAAACAGUUAUCCUAAGAGCUUAACUAACAGUUUUGCUAAUAUAAACCUUGCCAGUGACGGCAAAAAUAAUUUUAAAAGUGAACAUUGUUUGAAUUGGUUAGAAAACACUGAAAAUAUAGACUCUAUUGAAAGUCAUAUGAAAGAGAUAGAUACAAAUAUAAAGUUGUUAACCUGGAAAAUGAAACAUCUGGAAAAUUUAAAAUUGCAAAAGAGCACAAUGACCAAACAGAUGGACACGUCAGAUAGUCACCAAUCCGACUCUCCCCCACCACUGAGUGAUUUUCUGAAACCUGAGUUAUCGAUCAUGUCAACAGAUGAUGGAUUUGAAAGUGUGGCUGAUGCAAGCAACAAUGCAUCCAGAUUGCAGAUAUCGAAUUUGGAGAGUCAAUUACGGAAACAAGAGCUGACGAUGAAGAUGUACGAAGCCAUGCUGAACAAAUCAAAAGAACAGGUCAAUCUCAUGAAAAGCCAAUUCAAGUGUAGUAAGAUCAGCCUAAUGUCUUUGUACAAAAAAUAG